GUGCCGGCGGUAGCCGUCUGCGGAGUGUUGGCGCGAGAGGCCGGUGGUGUGGGUGGCGGGAGCGGGAGGCCGGUGUUGCGGGCGGCGGGAUGAACGAGGCCGACAUCGAGCCGCUGGCGCGCGGCGGCGGUUACCGCUGCUCGCUCUGCGACGUCCGCAUGCCCAACAGCCCCACAUUAAAUGAACAUGUUAAAGGAAAGAAACAUCAAAAACUUCUGAGUGUGAGGAAUACGAGGAAAUCGCAGCAAGAGAAGAGCGUGUUUGUGAGUGGUUUCCAAAAAGGCACGUCCAAUUUGGAGAUCACAGAUUACUUUCAGAACUUUGGCCCAGUUGCAAGUGUGAUAAUGGACAAAGACAAAGGAUUAUAUGCAAUUGUUGAGAUGGAAAGUGGUAAAGAAGUGGAAAAAGUGUUGUCUAUCCCACGGCACUCCAUGAACGGUCAGAAACUACGAGUGAAGCGCAGAGAGUAUAAGGAAUUCAAAUAUAUUCCGAAGAAAAAGCAGGAUCCUGGGGAAAAACAGUUCAUCGAUUUUGAAGAAUUAUCUCAGGCUCUCUGCCAAGCAAUUGAUGUUGAUGAACAAUUGAAGAAGUUGUUGGAGAUUUUUGAGUUUACAGACAAUGAAAGAAUGCUUAGGAAACUGAUUGUGUCGCUAUUACAGGAGGUCUUUUCAGAAUUCUUUCCAGGUUGUAAAAUCUUGCCCUUUGGGUCAUCAGUGAAUGCGUUCGAUAUCCAUGGCUGUGACAUGGAUCUCUUCCUGGAUCUUGAAAAUACAAAAACUUACCAGGCGAAUGCUAAUGCCGCAGUUGAAACUGAGGGGGAUACAGAUAUUAAACGGGAAACUCAGUCCGAGAGCGAAUCUGAAGAGUCGAUCUUGUCUGACAUUGACCUGAAAACCUCAACAACGCCUGAAAUACUUGAACUUGUAGCUACUGUUUUGCAGAAGUGUGUUCCAGGUGUUCACAAAGUUCAAGCUGUCACCACUGCCAGGCUUCCUGUGGUGAAAUUUAUUCAUAAGGAAUCAGGCUUGGAAGGAGACAUCUCUAUUAAUAAUAGGUUGGCUGUACGUAACACAAUGUUUCUUCAGUUAUGUGCCUCAUUGGAUCCAAGAGUGAGACCUCUGGUUUAUGCGAUUCGCCACUGGGCAAAACUGAAGCAUUUGGCUGGAAAUCCUUUUGGAGGGGGAUCAUUGAUGAAUAAUUAUGCAGUUACUCUCUUAGUUGUGUUCUUCCUUCAGAAUAGAACACCUCCAAUUCUUCCCACUGUGAACGAUUUAAAAGAGCAUGCAGGUGAGGAAGACCAAUGUAUAAUUGAUGGCUGGGACUGCUCUUUUCCAAGCGAUCGCUCUAAAAUUGAAGUCAAUACAAAUACUGAAACUUUAUGUGUACUUCUUGCAGAGUUUUAUAAGUUUUAUGCAGAGUUUGACUAUGCUGGGACUGUCAUUUCACUGAAGGAUGGUAAAGUUCAUGUUGUAACUGACUUCAUUGGACCUGAUUCAGAUAAAAAAAUUAGACUUGGUCCAAUUAAUAUUCAGGAUCCAUUUGAACUGAGUCACAAUGUCUCUGGAAACAUCAAUGAAAGGACAGCACAAAGGUUUAAGCGACAAUUGGAUGAAGCCUGCAAGUACUGUCGCAGCCUGCAGUACCAGCGAAAAUCUAACAAAGGGAAGGUCUGGGGUAUAGUCAGAUUGUUUCAACCUUUAAGUAGCACUGACUGUUCCCCUGCACCUUCCCCAGGUGCAGAUCAUAGCACAGGCAAAGAAAUGAGCCAAGGUGAGAAUUUGAUAAAUAUCCCCUUCAAGCUGUCGUGUCUUUCUGAACAAACGAGGAAAAGAUUACACGGAUCUCCAGAUUUUAGGGAAAUUUGGUUUGAUAAAGUAUGCCAUGCUGUUCACUACGUAAUGGAGUCCAUCCUUAAAUGUAGCUGUGCAAAUACUGAGGAAAAUAACAUACAGAUCAAUGAUGCAAAAAUCACCAGCUCAAAUGGAGCUAAGAAUAUAGAAGAAGAGAUUAACUUUGGAGUAAAGAGACCCUCUCUUGCGGAAGAGAAAGCAGAAGCAUCAAGUGCCAAAAGAGCAAAGACUGAUACAAUUGAGGCUCCAUUGUACCAGGGAGAAGUGACUUGGCAUUGUGCUGUGUGGAGCAGAGUAUGGAUUGGACGGAGAAAGGUGAGGCGUCAGCUCCGCUACAGAACAAAUGAAUCUGAUUCAGGCGAUUGCACAGUUAUCAGUUCCUUAGAAACAGAAGGUAAAGUUACUGAAGCUAUAUUGCAGCAGCAGGAGGAGAAUGGGGAUAAAUCCUCACCAUUAAUAACCUUUAAAUUCAAUGCCUUUUUGGUUGGAGGUAAUGAAGACACGAGGACUUUGAUCAGAGUUACCCCAAUUCAAGAAUGCACGUUAUAUAUCGAAUUCUUUCAUUUUCUGGAAUCAUUUGUUCCCAAGAUGGUUGAAAAGUGCAUUGAGAAAUCUGACGAGAUGUUAUGAUGUGGCAUUUGAUGUAUUUUCAUAACUUUUUUUUACAAAUAAAUGCCUAUUGAACAGUU